AUGGAAGACGGUCCUUACGAGGAGUUCGCCAGGGAACACGGUGAAGUACCUGGUUGGACCCGUGGGAUUCGUUCUGGAAAGGCGGUGCGGAGGAAGCGCCAGGCGUAUAUUCGCCAUCGUAUAGAGGAAGGUGAGGACCCUGACCAGGUGGCGAUUGUUCAUCAGGAUGGUCAGGCGAGACCUCUUCACACGCCAAGGACUUGGGGGCCGAACGCGGAUUCUUCAGACGAUGGUGUCGGGCUUGCGGGGUAUCCAGAGCCUCGGAGGUCGCUCAGUGAUUUGAGUUCGGUGCAGUUGGUCCCUCAGUCGGCGUUGUAUCAGCCUGUGCGCACAGGUGGGCUGGUUCCCAAAGCCCGUGGUUUUUCAGAUCCCUACGACAAGGGGAAAAGCAGAGCUGCGUCGGCAUUUGCAAAGCCUAAGGUUGAGGAGAACAUUGGGAAGUUGCCGGGAUCGGCAAUCGUGCUGGAAUGGCACCAGGUGCUGGACACCGAUCGCAUUACAAAGUGGCGUGCUGAGUGGAUUGACGCUGACGGGCAGGAAUUGUCCGAUGAAGAUGUUCCUCAAUGCCCGCCGGACAACAAUGAUGAGCAUGAGGAACCUCCCGACCGUUCGUCAGUCGCGACCAUGUCCUUCAAGAUGGGUCAUUGGUGUUGGGCUCCAGCGACUUUGCUAAGCGAUGCAUCGCACUCAAUCAAGAGCUUAGUGGAAAAAGCUCCAAAAGCCGCGAGAUCGCCACAUCUUGAAGAUGGAUCUCUUCUGGCUGAGGAGGAUGCUGUUAAAGGCCAAUUGUCUUCAGUUGCGGCGAUUUUGGAAGACAACAAAGCUGUUAUCUCAAUCAUCGCCAAAGGUUUCUCACAGAAACUGCGGCGUCUUGCCAAGACGCAUCGUGUUCAUGCCCGUGCUGACGCCCUAGAAAUCCCAAGGGAGACUGCAGAGGACGCAGUUGCUGCGAAAGAGUUGGAUUUUGCGUUAGUUCGCUUGGCAUGCCUGGCACGGGUGCAAGAUCCCAAAUCCUAUGUCCACCUUCGCUCGGCUUGGGACGGUCUAGGUAUUCGUGAAAGAGACCUUCUGAUGGACCACUUCCUUGCGGAUGGAAUGGAUCAACGCGCCUAUGUUUUGGAGUUCCUCCCUGCCUGUGUGCAAAACGCACAGCAAAACAAAGUUAUUGGUUUGAGCCUCCUGCUUGAGGUGUUGGUGGAUAUCAUUUGCAAUCUGCAUCCAGCUGUUGCUUCAUCACCAGCGGGAGAAGAUGCAAAGAUCGUGCCCUGCAACCUCUCAGAUCUAGCUGAGUUUGUUCAAGUGGUGAAGAAUCGCUUUAUUUUCCGCACGUGUAUAUCAAGAGCUCGGCUUCGGUGGCUGGGUGAUCGCUUGACAUUGGAGAUGACAGGUGGCAACUGGGCUCGUUUGAACGAAGCGGACUCGGAUACAACUGCGCUGGCAAACACCAUUAAGGAGAUCUCCGACCGGCAGCGAGAGUUAGAAAGUCGCUUGCACAGAAAUGAGGGGCCGUACAAGCUCCAACGAGUCAUUUGCUGAUGCACUUCGGCAGUGCAGCGCAACUCUUUGCACAGCCUCGCAGAUGCACAGCAAUGUGCAGAAUGCAUUCUCGGAAAAAGGGAGCUAGCAGCAAUCGCAGUUUCAGAGUCAAAAUCCCGCAUUCCUAUCACUAUCCGAGGAAAAAGUCAUUGGGUCAGUCUAAUGAUGGCAGCCGUGCAGCGGCUGACUGCCAGCCGUCAACUGGCCGGCUGCGAGACCAUGUCCACCGAAUCCACGGCUGAUCAGAAAGUCAAAGCAGCUUCUGAUGGACCAAAAUCGCGGCAGGAAAUCCGAUUGA